AAUUAAUGUAGUAUGGCAAAAGAGGAAGUGAUUUAACAAAAUCCAAGAUUGAACUUCUUUUUUCAGAAAAAUUAGAAAAACAAAUCUUACCUAGUGAAUCGGUAGAAUCACUUGAUAGCUUUCUACCCUAGUUCCAUUGUUCUAAUUAAGAGCAACUUGAAUGUGAGCAUAGAAUAGUACUGUACUUAAGAUAACUUGGAAUAUAAUUUAAAACUGAUCCGAGAAAUAAAGAAUUAGAUUAUUUGUAUGAAUACUAAUUUAUUAAAGGGAAAAGUCAAAGAAAAAAGGAAUAGUUUUUUAGGAGUCCAUUGGAGAAUCACCUUAAUUGGGUCCACAAAAAAUUAAUGAUAUUUUUUAAAAUAAGAAAAUAAAUUUUGGAGAGAGCAUACCUUGGUUAAAACCAUUGAGGGCACGCAAUCAUUAAAGUAUAGAAUCAUGA